AUGAAGACCAACUUCUCUGCCCUCCUGGCCUUGUUGGCCGCCAACCGAGCUCUUGCGCAGCAGAACUGCUGCGUUGACGGCGCGGACUACGAGGGAACCUACGGCGUCACCUCGACCGCUGAUUCAGUCACUAUCAAGCUGGUCACCGAGAACGAGCAUGGCCGCAACGUUGGCGCUCGCUUGUAUCUUACAGAUGGCGGAUCUAAGUACCAGCUCUUCAACCUCCUUGGGAACGAAUUCACCUUUGACGUGGACUCCUCCAACGUGGACUGUGGUCUCAACGGUGCUCUUUACUUCAUCUCCAUGGAUGCAGAUGGUGGCCAAGGCAAGUUCCCUGGUAACAAGGCCGGCGCUAAAUAUGGCACUGGAUACUGUGACGCCCAGUGUGCCCGCGAUUUGAAGUGGAUAGAUGGCACCGGUAAUGUUGAGGGCUGGCAGCCCGUCGGCGAAUUCGCCCCAGAUGUCGGCACUGGUGACAUGGGCGCGUGCUGCGCUGAGAUGGAUAUGUGGGAGGCCAACAAGGCGGCCACGUCCUACACUCCUCACCCUUGCGUUAACAACGCCUACCAUUCCUGCUCCGGCGAUAGCUGCGGUGGUACCUUUUCUGCGGAUCGGUAUGGCGGCACUUGCGACGCUGACGGCUGCGACUUCAACCCCUUCCGCCAGGGCAACCGAGAGUUCUAUGGAGAGGGCUCCGGCUUCACCAUUGACUCCACCAGUAAAAUCACUGUUGUGACACAGUUCAUCAAUGAAGGACCUGGUGGUGAUCUCUCCCAGAUCCGCCGCCUCUAUGUCCAGAAUGGCGAGGUCAUUGGUAACUCCGAGUCCACUGCCCCUAACAACCCCGGCAACGCCAUCACCGACGAAUUCUGCGCUGCCCAGAAGGAGGCGUUCGGCGAGGAGCAGGAUCAGUUCACCGAAUUCGGUGGUUUGUCUCACAUGGGCCAGGCUCUCGAUGCCGGCAUGGUUCUGGCCGUCAGUCUUUGGACCGACGCCCACGCCAACAUGCUCUGGCUCGACUCAACCUACCCCAUCGGAGAGACCGGCUGGGGAGCCGAGCGAGGACCCUGCCCGUCCGAGAACCGCACGCCUCCCGAGAUCGAGGCCCGUGUUCCCGAUGCUUCGGUCACUUUCUCCAACAUCAAGUUCGGCCCCAUCGGCUCCACCUUCACCGAGGGUGAGGUUACUCCUCCUGGCCCCGGUAACCCUCCUGUUGCCACUACCACAGCUUCGACACCCGCUCCUACUCAAGCUCCCGGCGGCCCUACUGCUCCCCAAUGGGGUCAGUGCGGUGGACAGGGCUGGUCCGGCGCAACCACUUGUGUCUCUGGUACCACCUGCACUGUCGUCAACGACUGGUACCACCAGUGUCUCUAA